AUGAUGGCCAGCAACCAGCGCACAAGUGUGCUGUUUCUCGCAAAUAGCGAGCAUGGCCAAACAAACAUUAUUCUGGCGAUUACGCACGAGCUACUGGUGCGAGGAGAUGUGGACGUACAUAUUGGCUCCUUCCCUGCCCUUGAGCGACGCAUUGACAAGCUCCUGGCUGACAAUGCCUCCGCGUAUGAUGGGUCAUUCCGGUCGCGGAUUCACUUCCAUCCUAUUAGAGGACCCUCUAAUACGGAUGUCUUUAUACGUACUGGGAAGCGAGGUGCUUUCCAUCCUCCUGGAUAUCGUGGGGCGGUCCUUGGGUUCCAGUCCCUGUGCGAAGACAUCUGGGGUUGGACGGAAGAAGAAUACGUAGAUAUCUACAACUGCUGCGUGGAGAUCAUCAAGACCGUUCAGCCGUCAGUUAUCGCGGCGGACUUCUUCUUCCUACAAGGAAGAGAUGCUGCAUAUAACACGGGGUACACGGCGAUUUUGAUCAAUACUACGUCGCUCACUCACAUUGUUCUUGGAUUGCAGCCGCAAUCCGCUGCGUUGUGGAAGUAUCCCUUGCCGGGGACAGGAUUCCCAUACCCUCUUCCAUGGCAUUUGAUUCCACUCAAUGCUCUGGCUGUAAUCAAAACAGCAAAGAUGUACCAUGGAAGUGGGCGGCGGCGUGAGAUUCGCGAGUGGAGGAUUCGGCACAAGAUCCACGGUCGGUUUCCGUUUGCUGAUGCCUGGAGGCCCGAUCGAUUCCAUCUUUCCCCGGCGCUGAAAGAGCUUGACUGGCCCAUGGAGGUACCAGAUAAUAUUCUUCCAUGUGGCCCCAUUUUACUCCCCACGGCUGCGGUGCACAAACAGGACCCCGAACUGGCAAGUUGGCUGCAAAAAGCGCCAACGAUCUUGGUUAAUCUUGGAACGCUUUAUGCGCCCGAUCCCAAGGUUGCAGAGAAUAUUGCAACCGGUCUCAAGCUGUUCCUUGAUGCCUGGAAGGGUCAGGAAAUCCAGAUUCUGUGGAAGCUUCCCAAACACCCGCAUGAUGAGGAUGAUGUAUACAGCCGGUCCAUCGAGCCACUGAGACAGGAGACUGAAGCUGAUCGUGUUCGUAUUCACCCAUGGUUCUCCGUUGAGCCCAUGGCCAUGCUUCAAACUGGACGGAUUAUCUGCUCCGUUCACCACGGUGGAGCGAACUCAUGGUACGAGGCCAUCCAAAAUGGCGUGCCCCAUGUGGUUCUACCGGCAUGGCAGGAUUGCUAUGAGAAUGCCGCCCGAGCGGAGUGGCUUGGAAUUGGGGUCUACGGCAACAAAACCCGGGCCCCGAAUAUUAAUGGCCGGGAGUUAAGCAAUACCCUUUUGAAGGUCAUGGGAGAUGGCUCAUAUAAAGAAAAGGCGCUUGACCUUGCCAAGCUCUGCCAGAAAAAGGAAGGGCGUGUGGCAGGUGCAGAAAAGAUUGUUGAGCUGGCGCGCAAUCCGGAUCUGAUGGCUAUGCACAUCCCGGACGUGAAGAUCGAUGGCACUCAGUGUCAGCUCAGCGAAAUCCGAAACCGUUCUGGAAUGGUUCUCCGGUCAGUCCAGCUGCCUCAGCCAGAAGGCAAACCAACGGCUAAGCCAUUCCUCGACGAUCUUGCAGAGGCAGCCCUGAUGACCGUGCUGUGCAACAGUUGGUUUAUUUUGCCCUUGCUUGGAUAUUCACUUCUUCUGAUACCCCGUUUGCGAUUCUUCGUUUUGAUUUACAUCAUCUAUAUCAAGUACUUUGCCAAAGCACACAAAGCGGGCACCCUUCCUCUGCGGAACGAUAAGUUCCGGAGGUCUUGGAUCUGGAAAAUCUUUAUAUCCUACUUUCCCCUGCGGCUCUACCGUUCGGUGUCUCUCUCACCACGGAGAAAGUAUAUUUUUGGCUACCAUCCUCAUGGUGUCGCUAUUCGAGGAGCCGUCGGCGCAUUCGCCGCAGACGUGGCCGGCUUCUCCCAGCUCUUUCCCGGCAUUACCAAUACCCUGUUGAUGAAGGAUAGUGUCUUCUCUCAGCCACUGCUUCGAGAAUAUCUCCUCUCUGCUGGGCUUAGUGGUGUCUCUCGAACAUCAUGCAUCAGGCAUUUGACACGGGGAGGUCAUGACGGUCGGGGGAUGGGCCGUGCCAUUACCAUCACUGUGGGAGGGAGUCGUGAAUACAACAUCGCUCGACCGGGCACCAUGGAGGUCGUGAUCAAAAUUCGUAAGGGUUUUAUCCGAGUCGCCGUGGAAACUGGUGCCGACAUCGUGCCGGUGGUGGCGUUUGGGGAGAAUGAUAUCUUCGACCGCGUGGACGUCGAAUCCAAAUCUGUGCUCAGAUACGCCGCACGGCUGUGGGAAUGGUGUGUUGGACACCGAAUAGCGUUUUCCAUUGGCCGGUUCAACAUCUUCUGCCCGUAUCGUAAGCCGUUGAAUGUCGUCGUGGGAAAUCCCAUUCCCGUCACUCAACAACGAUGGGACCCCGAUGAGAACUAUAUCGAUCAGUUACACCAGCAAUACAUGAGCGAGUUGGAGCGGUUGUGGGGGAAUUGGAAGGACACCUUUGGAACUGACAAGUCAGUGAAGUUCGAGGUGGUGGAAUAA